AACAAACCAGCAUUGGCCUCCCUCACAGACAUCUCGAACCCAGAAAACAACACUAUAAAUCUCUCAAGACAGCCAAACCAAGCAGAAUGCCCCGCCCAACCACCCGGCAAGAAGUGCUCGACCGUCUCCGCAAAACUAUCGCGGAUGGGAAGAUCAUUGUCGGCGCUGGCGCAGGGAUUGGCCUAACCGCCAAGUUCAUCGAAAAAGGUGGCGCCGACCUCAUCCUUGUCUAUAACUCGGGUCGGUUCCGCAUGGCCGGACGAGGAUCGCUGGCGGGGAUGAUGCCAUAUUCUGAUGCCAAUCAGGUUGUUGUUGAAAUGGCCUCCGAAGUCCUCCCCAUCGUCGAAAACACCCCCGUUCUUGCCGGCGUUUGCGGCACCGACCCCUUCCGCGACAUGCGUACGUUCCUCGCCGAACUUCGCCGGCUCGGCUUCAUCGGCGUCCAGAAUUUCCCCACAGUAGGCCUCAUCGACGGCAAGUUCCGCCAGAACCUCGAGGAAACUGGCAUGGGCUACGACCGGGAGGUGGAGAUGAUUCGGAUCGCACACGAGAUGGACCUCGUCACGACGCCGUACGCCUUUACCGUGGAUGAAGGUGAGCGCAUGGCGCGCGCCGGCGCCGACAUCAUCGUUGUCCACGUGGGGUUGACCACGUCCGGGACGAUCGGUGCGCAGACGGCGCUGUCCUUGGAUGACUGCGUGACCGUGAUCCAGGAGAUUCGGGAUGCGGUUGUCAAGAUUAAUCCGGAGGUUAUUGUGCUGUGUCAUGGGGGGCCGUUGGCCGGGCCGAAGGAUGCGGAGUAUGUGUUGAAGAGGACCAAGGGUGUGCAUGGGUUCUAUGGUGCGAGUAGUAUGGAGAGAUUGCCGGUGGAGAUGGCGAUCCAGGAGAAUGCGGCGGCGUUUAAGAAGUUGCAGGUUAAUGUUUAGUAUGUCUUUUUUUUUGGUCUUGGUGUCAGAGUGAUGCAUAUUGUAUGUAGCCGCUACAGGCAAGGGUACAGACAAGACUGAUGCUACGGCUUCAGCUACCUUUAUUGCAUCAUAGAUCAAUAUGGAUGCCAUCCAUGGGUCAGCAACUAAUCGUGAAUUGAUAAGGCUAAGCAUUUAUCAACUCCCUCACAGAUAUGAUUAUUGGAGGGUUGCGAGACAAGCACAAGCCUUUUACACUUCCCAACACGGUAUGCCCCGGACAUAACGAUGAACAUCCGGUUUGAUAUGUAGAAGAUUGUUGAGGUUAGUCAAACAGCGCCCUGACUGUCGGCUGUAAAAUGCGGAGAACGUGCCUCGCCCGAUGAUUCGGCUCG